AACAUCUUCCGGACGAAAAUAAUGAAUUGCUUUGACUCGUUGAGUGUGGCAAAAGACAUAACAAAUCGAUCGUUUGCGAAGAUUUCGAACUGCACGAUCGUUCUUUGUCGUUCAAUAGUAUUUUUUUUUUUUACAUCUUUGUGUUAUAAAUCUUAUAAUGUUUUAUAUUCAUACAAAAGUGAUUUGAGUUUAACAAUAUUCUGAAAAAAUAUGAGUGUUGGAGAGAGCUUAUCUUGUUUACGACCAGAUACUACCUUAAGUAAUCAUGAACCAUCACCGAUGCCACCACGAAACGCCAUUAACGUUGAGGACGAAGGCGAUUUUGAAGCAGUAACUUAUCGAUGUAACGUUUGUCGUGAACACUUUGUAAUUUUUUCUGAACUUGAACAGCAUAUUAUUAAUGAACACGAAGGAAACUUAGACUCAAAGAAAAUUCAAGAAAAAUUUAUCGGUGUUUCAUGUUUAAAUUGUAAUCAAUCUUUUAUUAAAGUUGAGGAUAUUAAUCACCAUAAUAUAGUUGAACACAGAAAAUCGAUAUAUCACAAUGACCAUGAAAAAUGUCAAUCUGGAAAAAGUGAAGAUUUUGAAGAAAACAUUGACAUCACCUUUAGAGUAGAGGAAAAUAAAUCACCACAAGAAUCUAGUUCUAAUAGCUCUGAUAGGAUACCAUCUAACGAUAAAGAGGAGCAACGGAUUAGAGAUAACGUCAGAAGUCAUUUUCAUAACAAUGGUAAUCGAAAAAGACGUUUAAGUAGCGAUUCGUGGGAUGCGCAUGAGCGCGGGUCAAAACAUUUUGAGGAACCAGAUCAGUAUUUUCAGAGCAAUCAUAUAAAAAAAAAUCUGGUUAUUGACAUGUCGCAGAUAGCUUCCAUAAAAAUGAAACCUCAUAGUGAUUGCGGCAGUGCAGAAAUAAUUCAAUACAUAAAGCGAGUAGAAGAUAAGUUGGAUAGCAUUAUCAAACACUUUAAUGUCCCUUAUAUUGCGAGUAGUACUGAAAAGUUUCAAAAACAAUCGUUUCCAUCGUCAGCUGCUUUUUCUGAAAAACAUCACUUUAAAAAAUGUUCAGAAAAUUUAAAAAUGCCUCUCUCUCACGAUAUGAAUACAGAUCAAAAUUCGAUGCAGUGUGAUUCUUCUCCGAUUAUUUUAAAUGAUCAAAUAUCUACAGAUCUUGUGAAGCAGGUGUUUCAGAAAAGCAGAAAUCGCGGUAAUUUUGCAAAAAACUUGGUGUACGUUGUUUUUUCAAUAAGUGAAAGAACUGGUCGAAAUUGUUACGGUAGACGUGGCGGAGCUUUAAGCGGCUAUAAAUAUCCAUUAGAUCAAAAAAAGUUACGAGCAGUUAGAAAUGCAGUUUUUAAAAUGUUUCCAGUUGAAAACACGGAAGAAGAAGAAGCAAUCUGGAAAAGAGAAUGCGUCAUUGCUAUUGACACUGCACUUCGCGGAGAAAUGAGAAACCGAAUAUUAAAUAUAAAAAGCGCGGAUAAUGUUGACUUAAAUGCGACAACGUAGUUAAUUGAUAUUUAUCGAAUUUUAAUAAAAAAAGUCUUAUUAAUUAAUAAAAAAAAAAUUAUUUGAGGGGGGGAAGGCUUCUGUUUUUAGUUUUGAUCUGUUUACUUUUAAUUUUGAUGAACGUAUAUGAUUUAAGCGCAUGUGUAUUGUAGUGUGUAUCAGGGCUUUAAACAAAACUUCAGAGUGCAAUA